GCUCUUCGGCAUGUGCGAUCUUCCCGGACCAGGGCUCGAACCCGUGUCCCCUGCAUCGGCAGGAGAAUUCUUAACCACUGUGCCACCAGGGAAGUCUGGGAUAACAGGUCUUAAAGCUGGGACCAAGGGGCUUCUUGUUCAGACCAGGAAAAGUCACUUGAUUAUAAGGAAAUCUUAGAAGCUGUGUGGAGGAAAUCCUGACUUCAGGGUUCUAAUUCCAUCUCUGCUGAGAUUUGAGCUCUCCUGCCACAGCCCUUCAGCCCCUGAAAAUGUACACUUGCACCAAGUUCAUCUCCACCUCCUCCUUGAUCAGGAGAACCUCUCCACUAUUGAACCGAUCACUGUCUGCAGUGGUGCUGAAGCGACCAGAGACACUGACAGAUGAGAGCCACAGCAGCUUGGCAGCCCCACGUGCCCUGACCACCUCACCUAUUCCUAGCCGCAGUUUCCAAACCAGUGCCAUUUCAAGGGACAUUGACACAGCCGCCAAGUUCAUUGGAGCUGGGGCUGCCACAGUAGGGGUGGCUGGCUCUGGGGCUGGAAUUGGGACUGUGUUUGGGAGCCUCAUCAUUGGUUAUGCCAGGAACCCUUCUCUGAAGCAACAGCUAUUCUCCUACGCCAUUCUGGGCUUUGCCCUCUCGGAAGCCAUGGGACUCUUUUGCCUGAUGGUGGCCUUUCUCAUCCUCUUCGCCAUGUGAAGGAGCCGUUUCCACCUCCCAUAGUUCUUUCUCCUGUGUCUUGUCUGCCCUGUAUGUUCCUUUUCCUGUACCUCCUCAGGCAGCCUGGGGAAAGGGGUUGGCUCAGGGUUUGACAGAAGGAAGACAAAUAGAUACUGUAUUAAAAAGAUGUUUCUUGA